AUGUCCUCGUCGUUAACAACAGCGAAAGCGCCAUUGACAUUGUACUGCAGUCUCUUUCACACGUCAAAGGCGACGUGUACGUGUCACGAAAGUCGCAGCAUCCGCGUUAUUCAACCAUAUUCGACAAGCUCCACAUCAACGUUUGUGGCAACGAUUGUCCGUUUCGAGGCUAACACAAUCCAUUUGACGGACGGCACGGUAAUUGUGGGAGUCGACACGGUUAUCUUCGUCACGGGAUUCUUUUACACGUACCCGAUCCUCUCGCACGUGCGGCCACAGCCAAACGGCCCAGAAGGUCAUCGGGUGCCAGGCUUGUACCAGCACAUCUUUGACCUGCUCAACCUCAACACAAUUGCAUCCGUGGGUGUCCCCAACGUGUCACUGACCUGGAUGGCGUGGGAGAAGGCGGCGUUCUUGAUAGCCUUUCACUGA